AUGAGUCUCUCCCUGCCUGCAACCUUCAACUACAACCUGCCCGUCUCAAGGGUCUUUAUCAUUGGACUCGCCGGUGGAGCCGACUCUGGAAAGGAAAAGUUCUGUAGAGUCCUCAUUGAGCAAUUGCAAAAAAACCAGAUCGUCGAUAGUAGUAAGGUCGUGCUUCUUCACCUUCACGAUUUUUACAGGGAGCUCUCGGAUGAGGACCGUGUCCGCGUUGCCAGCGGUCUCUACAGUUUCGACCACCCUGAUGCAUUUGACUGGGAGUUGAUUGCCGAUGUCAUUGAGGAUAUCCAGGAGGGCAGCACGUUCAGAAUCCCAAAGUUCAACUUUUCAACAAAGACUCGAUCAUAUGAGGAGCACCCGAAGGAGCGCGGAAGCCCCACUGUCGUUCUCCUGGAGGGAAUCUUUGUCCUCUACAGUGCAAAGAUCCGCGAGUUCCUCAACAUGAAGGUUGCCGAAGUCAACCCUGACCCCAUUGACCACGUCCUCACAGAAUACGUCCGAUUUGUCAAGCCCGCCUUUGACGACUUUAUUCAGCCUUCCAAAAAGUGGGCAGAUAUUAUUAUCCCCCGCGGUAGCGAGAACGUCACCGCGAUCGAGUUGAUUACCGCACACACCGCCGAUCUUCUGGGACGCCCACCACAGUCCAACUCGACUCGCCCCUCGCGGAUGAACUCUUCCAACUCGACAUUCCUUCAGGAGCUUACCGGAAGUCCCGUUUCCAAGUCCUCUAUCCACAGCGACCCCAACUCGCGUCGCACCAGUGCAGCCCCUUCGCCUGUGCCUAGCAAGAGAAUCCUUGCGGAUACCCCCAACAGCGUGUACAACCCUGUGCCAGAGUAA